UUGUUCAUCUUAGUAUUGUAUUGUGAGCUUUUUUUUUUAAUAUUGAAUGUAUAUAAACUAUUUUGUGCAGCAAAUAUUGCUUACUAAACUUACCUAUAAUUGUAAAUACUUGUUUUGCCAACGGAAAAUCAACGUGAUUAAAAUGAAUCUGUUACACACUCGAUGGCUGUUGUUUUUCAUCUGGAUAAGCAGCCAUCAUUCAGUGAUGCAGUGCUUUGCAACAAUGGGUACAACAACAACACCACAACCAUCCAGCACGAUCAAAACAACGCUAACAACAACAACAACAACUGUUACCUCGCAACAAGCAGGGAUUCCAGUAGCAACAUCCAGUGGGGUAGGAACUACUCCCAGAUCUUUGGACAGAUGUGAAGAGCAGGGAUCACAGUACUGGUCAGAAGUUAAGGGUUACGCAUAUUGCCUAAGCAACAAAGGUGUUUCCUGUUGUGACGCAAAGACGCUGUGUCAGACGAACAACGGGAGCAUCUCUUCCAAUGUUGGGACCAAAGAAAACUUUGUUGAAAUCGCUCACAAACUGGGUCUUAGUAAUUUAACCGGAACUCUCACCAUUUGGGCUAACCUCACAGGGAACACCUGUAGUCAUGAUCAACUCACACAAUGUAAAACUAUUUCAUACAUAGCUCCUAAUAGUGUGGAUUCAAACACAAUGACUGAGGCAAAAACAUACCGAGUUUUAUGUGAGAAACCUUUAUCUCACUCGACCACGAGCAUUCCUAUCUCAUCAGCUUUGAACACAUUGUCGCUGUCACAGACACAAUCAACACCAAGAACGACCAUUAAAACAUCAAUUGAACAAACACAAUCAAACCCAACCAUGUUAAGCACAACUUAUAAUGUAAUUUUCAACACACCUGCACCAAACGCAACAAACAUAGCACAACAAACAUCUACAUCCAACGCACCUGCACCAAACACAACAAACACAGCGCAACAACCAUCUACAUCGAACACACCUACACCAAAAACAUCAAACACAGCGCAACAAACAUCUAUAUCCAACACACUUACACCAAACACAACACACACAACGCAACAAACAUCUACAUCGAACACACCUUCACCAAACACAUCAAACACAGUGCAACAAACAUCUACAUCAAACACACCUACCACUCUCACUAACAACGCAGCGCUACAAACAAUCGCAUCAAUCACACCUACUAGAACUUCAAUCAACACUGAAAGCCGAUGGAUUCGGGACAAUCUCAAUGAGUAUUUUGUCAACUACAAUAACUUAACACUCUCCAAAGCACGGGCAUUCUGCAAGAUGUCAAACGCGACGCUGGUUGCGUUUCUGGACGCAUAUCAGUACUUUAAGCUUACCGACAGACUUCAACUUGAAGCGGCUGGAUAUUGGAUCGACGACGCCAUGCCUGUUGACAACUCUACGUGUCUGAAGUUGAACACAUCUGAAGGCAGUCUUCAGUCACGUGACUGCAGUGAACUGGCCUACAGUAUCUGUAACAGAUUUGCAUUCCAAAACAACAUUUCACAGGUUCUGGAGCGACCAGAGUUUGUUGAGAUGAUUCGAGGGAUGACAGUAGUAAAAAACUCGACGUCAAUGGCAACGAGAAAACUGACGUCUGCUGAAGACAAGAGGACCGUUGCUAAGGUCGGCGGAACUGUCGCCAUUUGCAUAAUGGCGGGAACAUUCUUGAUUAUCUUCUUGAGCGAUUGUUCGCGGAUACUGAAAACACUUUUUAAGUAGAAUGACUUAAUGCCUGUACAUAAAUAAACAGGCAUAAAUUAUUUACGAAGAAAGCGCUUAUUUAUAUUGCAUGACUGGUAGAUAUGUAGUUAUAUAAAUAAAAGAUUAGUUAUUGAA